GUGGCAGCACCAUAACCAGCAAAUCAAUACUUUAAGGGGCUGCCAUUCCGUUUCGUUCCGUUCGUUAGUUUUCCUAGCCCAUUCGCUGGCGCUCUCCUUUCCUGUCUCUCUCUCAUUUUCUCUCCCUGUCCCGAAAGAGAGCCGCCCCCCGCCUGCCGCCCGCCCCCACACACCAAAUAAACGGUGUGUGUGCGUGCUUUGUAACAACGAGUACACUUUUCUGCACAUACAAAAAAAAAAAAGAAAGAAGAAAAGCAAGAAAGAAAGAAGAAAAAACAGAAAAAAAGAAAGACCGAAUAAAGAAAUUCACAUAAAUUUAUGGCACUCUCCAUCUCCCUCGCGCUCUCUUUUUUUUUUUUUAUAACACUAGUGUGUGCGUUUUAGUUUUUAAAAAACAUUUGUUUUCACCGAAAGGGAAUUUUCUUUUUGGUGGUAUAUUUUUAGCCAGCAAGCUCGUGUCGGAUAUUAUUUUUAACCCCCCUCGAAAUGUUUCCACGCAACGUUUUACGCGAUAAACUUUUACAAAAAGUGAAUAUAGGUAUGUGCAAGCCCACUUGAAUUGCUUACGUAUUUAUGAAAUAUUACUGUGCGUUUGUCGGUGGGCGUGUGUGUUCGGCCCACAGUUUUCCACUCAUUUUCCUGGGGGUUUCCGCCAGUGACAAAGGAAUACAACAAAAAGAAGCAGGGGGCGUGGCACUCUCUGCAACUAAUUUAGAUCAAUAAAGCGCUUUGGAUUCAAAUGUCCUUUGGAGUGUGAAAAACAAACGAACUUAUUGGAAUUCCCAUUAGUGGUUCAAGUGAUAUUAAUAUUUCACAGAAGUCUGAAAAAAAUGUCUAGUGCCAAAAUAUGUUGAAACUGGGGUACAUGAAGUUGGGCAAAAUCCCAAAAGAGCACUUUUAUCCAUAAGAUAGCAAAGCUUUAUUAUAACUGCUUAACCUUAAGGUGUUAGUAAGCGAAAACUUGUUAAAUUUCCGCCAGAAACAUUUAAAAUCAUAAGUCAUAUCCCAACAAGUAAAAUAAAUAAGUUUAUUAGAGAAAAUAUGUGAAAACACAAAUUAUAAAAUCGGCCUAUUCAUAUAUUAAAUUAAUUUAAACUGUUUACCUUUUUACACAUUAAAACUAAAUAGUUAAGUAUUAUGAGGUACUGUGUAAUUUACAAACUGAUAAAAAUUAUAUUACCACAUAAAAAUUAAGUGCACACUCAAUAAUACACUGUAAGGAGGAAGUACAUUUAAUCUUAGCCUUAAUCUUAUGUGAAUUUAAAUUUAGUUAUUUUUCAGUGAAGUACCAUAUAAAUCAUAAAAAACAAGGAUGCAAAAAGCAAAGGAAUCAGAACAAAACAAUUUGAAUUACUAAUCCCUACUCAUUUAAGGAUCAUUUUAGGAUCUAAUAUUAUGAAUUAAAAAUUAAAAUGGUAAUGUAGAACAACCUUUAAUUUCAUAAUCAUUUACAUUUAAGUUUACACUUAAUAUAUUCAAUUAAAUUAACCUUUUUUAUCAUUAUUGUAUCUACUCAUGAACCAUUAUGCUAACAUUAUUAAGCUUUUAUUUUUAGUUUUUAGAUUGUAAAGAACUAACGAAGCUGUUUAGACCUAUUGAUAACAAUUAAAACUUAAUAUAAGUAAUUGGCUUGUACGAUGGGUGAAAUUGUGGAGAAUUUAGAAAAGAUUACCCUUGAGCUUGUGGCGAACUUGGUCCACGGCAAUGCCACCUUGAUGGUACCAAGGAACUCAUCCUCAAACUUGACCACGGAGUAUCGACGGGUCAGCUAUAAUAACCGGGGAAGUCGUCACAGUUUCUGCCUGCUGACUUACAUGCUUUCCCGGGUCCACCGAUUGCAAGUCCGCGGCGGUAGCUUCACUGUCCGUGGACUUUAUUACAGUGAUCCACAGCUAAUCCGCUCGCAGUCCAGGAUUGCCGAAGCCAGGCUGGAUGUCUGUCGUAUGCUGAACACAUCCCCCUUAUCCUUGGGCGUACUGGCUGCCUCCAAGGGUCUCAUGGCAGGCGAUAUACGGCUGCUGAUGACCAACGGUGAUAUUCUGGAUGGCAGCUCAUAUGGUGGAGCCAUGACAUUGCCCACGGAUCCCGAGAAGAUAGAUCGUAUUGAAACGGAGGCUGAUUUCGUACUGAUCGUUGAAAAGGAAUCGGUAUUCCAGAGUCUUCUGUACAGAAAUGUAUUUUCCACCAUGGGACAACCCUUCAUCCUUGUAACUGGCAAAGGAUACCCGGAUUGCUGCACCCGGCGGAUGGUACAUCGACUCAGCGAGGAGAACCAACUGCCUGCCUACAUUCUCGUAGAUGCCGAUCCCUUUGGUAUCGAGAUAAUGCUCGUCUAUCGCCAUGGCUCGCAGGCGAUGAGUUUUUCCAGCCAAGGACUUACCACACCUUCGCUGCGUUGGAUUGGGCUACACCCCUCGGAGAUUCCCGCCCUCGGCACUGGAGCGGUUGCCCUGGUUGCCGGCGACAACAAGAAAAUCAAUGACCUCCUCGCCCGCGGCGACUUGGAGCCGGGAGUGCGACAGGAACUGCGCAUGCUGCAGGACAUUCAGCUAAAGGCCGAAAUCGAGAGUGUCAUCGACUUCCUGACCGACGACUAUAUACCGAACAAAAUCAAUCGGAAUUUGUUUUUGUAGAGCUCGGUAGUAAACCAAAUGACUACGUUAGCUGUUAUGUUUAAAAUAUACUAUUUGUAUAGAACUAUAAGAUUUUUGAAUAUGUUAAUACCAUCAAAUAACAGAUAUAGUCUGUAAAAUCAGAUUUCCAUUAAUACGUGAGUUGAUUAAAAUAUUCCACUGAUUACGCAAAAUAAUUAAAUAAUUUGUCAAGGCUAUUUUUAUUUUCCAUUGUUCUUGUGCAGCCAAUGUUAUUAUGUAUUCCAACUUAGUUGUUCGUCAUUAAUGCGAAAAACUGUUGUUACUCUAACAAAAAAAAAUUAAAAUAAGAGCGAUAACCUUACGUUUAAAUCGAGCAGGUUGAGUAAUAUUUAUAUUAUAUAUUUUGGAAGUGCCAAAUCAGCUCUGUGUACUGUAUUUCAAGAAUAUUUGUUUAAUUAAUGUUAUUUUAUCUUUCUGUGUUAAGCUGAUCAAGUAAUUUCCAAAUCGAAGUCAUUUAAAAAGAAUGGAACAUCUGUGUAAUUGGCGGAUAAUGGCAGUUUUUACACUGGUAACGUCUGAGUAAUCAGCUUCUAGUGGUUCGUUUUGAGUGGACAACUUGAUUUUGUGCAUUACUUUGUGCGGACAAAGCUAGUAGAAUCGAGCAGACAAAGGAGAUUGUUUAUUGUGCAUUUAAAAGUAUUAUGGCUUGAGGUCGGCAAUCGGAGUGGGUAAUUGACCACGAUUUUGAUAAUGCCAAGGGAAUGACCAGCCAUUAAAUGAGUGCCAAAAGAUGCAAGUAGAG